CCUAGCAACGCGACGCGAUUGUCAGCCGAGAGGCACGCAAAGUGUCAGUCAUUCGCAGACUGUAAACAAUCCAGGAGCUCUCACAUUAUUUCACUGACACCCAGCAAGAGCAAAACUCGCCAGAUAUCAGAAUGGAACGGGCCGAAGACAACCCGCCAUUUCGUAGCAUGGUCCGAGCGAGCGGACUCGGCGAGAUCUGGACCCACACAACCGAUCAGGUUAAAUUUAACCAGUUUGGGUGGCGAUGCACCACUAAAGAAAAUUCGUUUGCUAAUGGGACCUUGAUAGGGAAUUGGAACGAGGACAAAUUUGAUAUUAAGAAAGAGCGUCAGUCGAAGAGUUUGCCGUCACAGUACAACCACUUCUUCGAGUCUACCUACGAUUCAAGCUACAACGUACAGCCGCAUGAGGUUGCGCAGGAUCUCAAACAUCUUAAAGCCCGACACCCACACGCCUUCCCCGGUCACCAGCCUGAACUUGACCGCCCCAGUCUCAAGGCCAUCUACAACAGCUGGGAAACGACAACACGCGCCUCCUAUGUACACCCGAACAUCCGGGCACAGCCUUUGACAGGACCGGAAACGACAACUGCGCAAACUCAGUCAUAAUUUGAAAUGUCUGAUUCAAUGGUUUCAUCGUUAACUUCGUUAUGUUGAUUGUUAACCUGUUGUUGUUGUGGUAAACACGUAAAAAAAACAACUGUUGUGUAAACAAUUUUGAAUGAAUUUGUAUGAUAUAUACUCAUUUGUAACUUUGGGACAUUUUAGUGACACAACAAUCCAUUGAAUCGUGAUAUUUUUUGUCGAUUAAGAGACAAUCAUUCGCCAAUCAAAUUUACCGGCAAGGAUACAAACUUGGUUCCUAUUUUGGACCAAAUAGCUUGCACACAGUCACUGACAAUGUAGAUAUGAUAAGUUAGUAUAUUUAACUGACGUAGUAUUCGCUGCUAUGCUUCCCUGCUCAAAGUCAGUAUUAAACUAUGUCGAUGUGAUACAUUGUGCACAUACGAUAUGUUAUACCAUGUUAACCCGCUCGCAGUCAGUAUUAGACGACGUAGAUGUGAUAUAUUGUAUGCAUAUUAUGUGUUAUAUUUUACCAUAUUAACCUGCACCCACUCAGUAUUAUGAGAAACCCAGUGUGUGAUACGACGUGAUAUAGAAUACCCCCAGAUUACCUGCAGUAACUGCCCAGAUCAGCAACACCAGAAUUUCAACACAAACGAAAUCGGCGCAAAUCACAGAACCAGUUUCACCGAUCUGGUUAGUUUAAAAAUUAUGAAGUUUGUCCCCCAAAUCACUGUAAUUUCAACUAAUUUUUAUUUUUUACUUCCCCACAGCCUAUUUCAAAUAUAAAACCAAUGAAUCAUCGAUCAAUAAUAAUUCAUUUUAGCUUGAAUAUAUUCAUAUAUUCGGGGUUCUGGUGAUAAACUAUUGACACAACAGAUGAUCUUUUUUUCAACAGUGAUACCUGGACAGACAUGCUAAUUAUUAUAACUUAUUUGUGUGAUAAUGACUUGUUUAAGAAGCCAUUUACCCAAGAAAAGUAUUCCAAUUUUCCGAACGUUUGAUUUUAUAUUUGUGGAUAUCACACGUGGCAAUAAACCUCAAACUCUACUAAACAAAACGAUGUGUUUGAGGCAUGUAUGGAUCUGUCUCCUAGUCACUUGUGUGUUUACUGUGAACAAGAGGUGCUGUGAACUCUUUUGGAUUAACACAUAACGAAUCAAGGCUGCCUGUGAUUUAACGCUCACGUAUAUAAAUAUUGCCCACAAGUUAAGGUUUCCCGAUUUACGAGGUUUAAAUAUAGAGAAGUGAAUAUUGUGAACAAAAGGUGUUGUGACCUCGUUUGGAUUAACACAUAACGAAUCAAUGCUGCCUGUGACUUAACGCUCAAGUAAAUAUUGCCCGCAUGUUGAGAUUUCAAGAUUUACGAGUUUUAAAUAUAGAGAAGUGAAUAUCUAUACACGGGUUUUUUAUCUUUGUUCUAACCACCUGUUCAGUAUUAUUCUCACAUCUGUGUAAUAAAUUAUUGUAUUGUAUAUAAAUACACACUUCCGCUAUUGCA